UAACUUUUUCGUUACGCGCGUGCCAAUGGUCUUGGAGGGACAGCGCUCUUUAGUUUUACGAUCUUCCUACCCACCCCGUUACCCCAGAGGUCUCUCGUCAAGGACCCUCGUUGACCGCAAACAAUCCUCGCUCAGGACUCAGUACGCGAUUUAACACCGAACGCCUGGAGCUUACACCAUUGAAAGGCAAUCAGCUUCGUCCACGGUUCAGCUGUUCACGGCAAAAUGGCCGGCCCGCCAAACCCCUUUGCCGGCCUCGGCCAGAGAAAUGGGCCAGCCGGUUCAGCAGGACGUGGACGCGGUGGAUCAGCUAAUCGCCCGUUUCAAGCCAACAACACGAAUCCGCCCCGCGAUACCAAACCCCGUGGUCGAGGACGAGGUGCUUCGUCGGCAACAAGAGCUGGAAGGGGCCAGGGAAGAGGGGCCGGCUUAGCGAACAAUUCGUGGCGUAACAAGUCGGCUUCACAGCCAGGGUCUGCUGGAUCGACUCCCUCGCCGUUUGCACCCCUGAAGCAGACGGCUCCUGCUUCCUCCCCGUUUGCCGCGCAGGCCUCGCAGCAGAGCUCGCCUUUUGCAGGGUUUGGAAAAGCAUCGCCUUCGCCGUUCGGUGCUCCCAGCUUAGAUGGGCCCGCCGCGAACAGCUUCACGGGGUUCCCGUCCCAACAAUCGUCGAUUGGAGCAAUUGGAUCCAACGUUCCUGUGGAGGAUGUCUCGCUACUCAGCAGCUACACCGAGCGCUACGAACAGCUCAAGCUCGAUAGAACGAAAGAGCGCGAGAAGGCAAUUAGGGAAGGGCAGAUGGCGGAUCCUAACCAGCCGACGUCUCUGAAUCAGGCAAUCACGCCUGUGGGCACCUGCACAAGCAUGUGUCCUGAAUUCGAAAGGGUGGAACGUAUAGUUCAGAAGAUGGUCGAUAAAAGUGAAAAGUAUCUGCAUCCUGCGACAAACUCGCUACAGAAUAUGGAAUUAAAGAUGCUCAAACGAUUCAGACGAUCCGCGGCCGGCUAUGACGAACAGCUCCCCUCCGAUAUUCGAACGCCGAAAACGCUUCUUCAGACCAUGAAUUACCUGAUACGGCACGUCAUUGAUGGCCCCGAACCUCUGGGGCUCAUUCAUAAGUUUGUAUGGGACCGGACUCGCUCAAUUCGGAAUGACUUCUCCGUACAGCAGCUCACGCAGGAGGACCACGUGAAAAUGGCGGUAACAUGCCUGGAGCGCAUUGCUCGAUUCCAUAUCGUGUCCUUGCAUUUGCUCUCGAGCCCUGCGAAUGACGAGCCCUUCGAUCGCCAUCAGGAACGCGAGCAGCUGAACAACACCAUGCUUUCGUUGAUGUACUACUACGAUGAUAACAGAGGCCGGGUCGCAUUUCCCAAUGAAGAUGAGUUCCGGGCCUACUACAUCAUCUUUUCGAUCCACGACCAGCGGCCAGACUUGGAAGCUCGUGUCCAAAAGUGGCCUGCCGAACUGAGGAACUCACCCCGCGUCCAGAUAGCGCUGGAAUUGUUUGCUGCUGCGGGUAACACGUGGGAAUAUCAGGGUACGCUCGAUUCGAAGCGACCAAACGCCAUCGCGCAAGGAUUCUAUUCGCGAUUCUUCAACAUGAUAGACUCACCAGGUGUCUCAUAUCUCAUGGCUUGUGUUGCUGAGAUAUAUUUCAACCAUAUGCGACAGACCGCUAUUCGUUCGAUCUGGAAAGGAUACUGUCGCUAUCCUGCCUCCCAACAGCAUAAGAACGAAGAAUGGACGGUUGAUGAGUUGACUGCCGUACUUUGUUUGGAUGACUAUGAGCAGACCAUCAAGUUUUGCGAGGAACAGGAUUUGAAAUUCGCCGAGAACGCCAAUGGCGACCUAUAUCUCGACUGGGGCAGCCGUCCCGUUGAUUCCGUCGCCUUUCAGCCAUCGUCGGAUCACUCCUUUUCGGAAAAGCAUGUUGAAUCGAAGCGUGCUGGGAGAACACUGGCAGCCAUCAUCCUCGGACUCAACAUCAAAGAAUCUGCGAAUCUUGGAAUGAUCGACGUAUCCCAUCUGUCCGAGCGCGUUCCUGCGCUGCCCGCCCCCGUUCCGGGACCUUUCACCAACGACGACUCUCUUUUCGUGAGCGACGAUGAGAACGUCUCCAUGUCAUACAACGUUCAAAUGGCCGAGAUCCCGUCGCAAGACGAGAGCCCGCGCGAUUCGCCGGCUUCUGCGUCCAGCCUUCGCAACGCCUUCGCCGGCUUCCCGCAGCCGGAAGCUUCUACGGAGCCUGAUCGUCCAAACCCUUUCUCUUUUGCUCAACCGCCGACUAAUGCACAACCGUCUGAGACAAAACACCAGGCAUCCUCAUCUCUUUUCCCGUCCAGUAGCACAGCCGGUGUCUUCCCAGCCCCUGCAACCGCAGCGCCGAGUCCUUUCUCCCCUGCUACGUCGCCAUUCAACUUGCCGAAGAACCCUCAAGGGGAAGGAGCUCCGGCCUUUACUCCUCCGCCGGCUAACCAGCAACCGACUUCCAUGUUCACGGCUGCGCCGCAACCUGCCACGUCCGACAACAAAGCAAACGCCCCUCUAUUCUCUUCUACGCCCUUCAAGUUCCCGACCGCCUCCCAACCUAACACGACCUCCACGUCACUACCCAGUCCCUCGGUUUUUUCUUUCGAUGCCAAGCCCGACCCAGUUGAUGUGCCAGCUGCUAGCCAGCCUGCUCCUAGCAUCUUUGACAGUGCUAAGGCGCCGUUGUCAUCAGGAACACCCAACUCUAUCUUUCGCUUUCCUGGACAAAACACAGUCUCUGCGGAAGCUCCUGCUCAGCAACCUCAAGCAGCCCCACAAACUUUCGGGGUUGCCCCAUCCCAGUCGUCAUCCGUCUUUCCGUCGGUAUCAACUCUGAAGAAACCCGAGCCGACUCCCCUUUUCGCCGCCCCCGCGCCUCUUGCGCAGUCGGACACCGCGCCUCAAGCCCGAGUUGGUAAUUCACUAUUCCAAGAGAAACCAUCGGUUCGCUCAGAUGAUCAUGCUGCUCUUCCAUUGGAACACGAAGACCCCCCUGAGCCGUCUGCCGAAGAAGACCACAUAUCUGUUGAAAGCGGCCCUGUCGCUUUGGAACCUAUAAUUCCUUCAUUUGCGCAGAAAUCGGGUGCAGUGGAGGCUCCUGUAGAUACGGAGGCUUCAAUCCAACCGGUCGAAGUUGAACCAGACCAUAUACCUGUCAUUGAGACUCCUGAUGAGAAGUCAUCUUCUACAUCCGACAUCACUUCGCGCCGCAAUGCGUGGUUAUCGGCAUUGAAGGAAGCCGCUGAUAAGCGGCGGGAGAUCGUAUCAAACGGCCGUAAACGAGUUCAUGAGGAACCAGAGGAACACGCCCCUUUGGAAAGCGGACCCAAAUCGCACAAGUUGCCAAAGGCAGAAGUCCCCAUUUCGCAGAAGAAAUCCCUGGCCUCUGCUUCGACGAAGCCCCUGCCGAAACUUCCAAUCCUCGAGCAGAUCGAAUCCUUGACCGCCAGGAAACCAGCGGAACCAAAGCCCGAGGGACCAAAGUCGGUCCAAGUUGACGAAGAUGAGCUCCUUCUAUCUGCUGCGCGUAUUGCGGCAGAGUCCCUCCGGAGUGGACCAAAGCUCCUGGAUGGCUGGUCUACAUCAUAUGAACCGCGAAGCUCUCAUUUCAGCCCCGGGAGCAGUUUAUCACCUUCUCUUGCUCUUUCCAGGAGCCAAUCACCCCAAUCAUAUGUCAACGGCUACGAGGUCUCACUUGCUCCAGAUACAGACCUCGGACUCGGUCGUACAUUGUCUCGAACAGAGCAACGGAUCCGGAUGACGGGCGCCAAGGGACUGGCGUACAAACCAUUGGAUUUCACUCCCGACAAGAAACGAAAAUCACGCUAAGACUUCUUACCCUCACCCACCCACCACUUGACCGGUUCGGUUCGGUUCGGGUUGUUCCUACC